AGUGUGUAGUGUAGUGUGUAGUAUAGUGUGUGUGUGUGUCAGACAGCAUCAAGAUGGCGGCUGUGUUAGCAGCAGCAGGGUGUUCUCUGUUAGCAGCAGCAGGGUGUCUGGUGGAGUAGAGGCGGGCAGGCAGGAUGAACCUCUGCUCUCAGUAUCUACGACAGGCAGAGGCCCUGAAGGCUGACAUGACAGAUUCCAAGCUGGGGGCGGCAGAGGUGUGGACGUCCCGGCAGGCCCUGCAGGAUCUGUACCAGAAGAUGCUGGUGACGGACCUGGAGUACGCUCUGGACAAGAAGGUGGAGCAAGACCUGUGGAAUCAUGCUUUUAAGAACCAGAUCACCACGCUGCAGAGCCAGGCAAAGAACCGCGCCAACCCCAACCGCAGCGAGGUCCAGGCCAACCUGUCGCUGUUUCUGGAGGCAGCUAGUGGCUUCUACACGCAGCUGCUGCAGGAGCUGUGCACCGUAUUCAACGUGGACCUGCCGAGUCGCGUCAAGUCCUCUCAGCUCGGCAUCAUCAGCAAUAAACAGAGCAGCACCAGCGCCAUCGUCACGCCGCAGCCCAGCUCCUGCUCCUACAUCUGCCAGCACUGCCUCGUCCACCUCGGAGACAUAGCACGUUAUCGUAACCAGACCAGCCAGGCGGAGUCGUACUACCGACAUGCAGCUCAGCUGGUCCCGUCAAACGGUCAGCCGUACAACCAGCUGGCCAUCCUGGCCUCCUCUAAAGGAGACCACCUCACCACCAUCUUCUACUACUGUCGCAGCAUCGCAGUGAAGUUCCCCUUCCCAGCAGCCUCCACCAACCUGCAGAAGGCCCUGUCCAAGGCGCUGGAGAGCCGUGACGAGGUGAAAUCCAAGUGGAGCGUGUCUGAUUUCAUCCGGGCCUUCAUCAAGUUUCACGGUCACGUCUACCUGAGUAAGAGUCUGGACAAGGUGGACGCUCUGAGGGAGAAACUGGAGGAGCAGUUUCAGAGGCUGAUCCUGCAGAAAGCCUUCAGCUCUCAGCAGCUGGUCCACAUCACCGUCAUCAACCUGUUUGAGCUGCACCACCUCAGAGACCUGACGGCUGACGGCGGCGAGCAGAGCUACAGCAGCGAGCAGCAGAUCAGCUGGUUCCAGCUGCUCGGACUCUUCAUGUCCUUCCUGGGCGUCAUGUGCAGCCGAGCUCUGCUCAACAAGAACCGAGGGGAGGAGAUCAUGGGCGAGUGUCCUCUGCCGGCUAUCAAAGUUUCUCUGGACUGGCUCAAACUGAGACCCAGCGUCUUCCACGAGGCCGCCGUAGACCAGAGGCAGCAUGUCUGGCCCUGGCUGGUGUCCAUCCUCAACAGUUUCCAGCCCAAAGAGGACGACGUGUCCUGUUCCUCAGUGAUGCCCCUGCCAGAAGAGUUUGAGUUGCAGGGUUUCUUGGCGCUCCGGCCUGCUCUGAGGUCUCUGGACUUCGCUAAAGGUCAUCAGGGCAUCCUGGUGGACAGGGACGGCCUGCCGGUCCACACUCGACAUCAGAGACUCAUCAGUCUGGGAAAAUGGGUGUCCGACAACCAGCCGAGGCUGAUCCAGUGCAGAGUGAGCGAGGACGGCCUUCUCGUCUUCAUCACCGACAUUCCAGAGCAGGCCAUCGAGGAACCGCAGGAGAAGGAGGCGCCGGUGCUGCAGGAGUCGUCCAACGCCGAGCAGACGCCCAACGACGGCGGGAACUCCGGCCUGAAGUCGGUGCUGUCGGCGGGGAAGACGCAGAGCUCGUGGCCCGACGGCAGCGACCGACCCGUCGUCACCUUCAAGGAGAACAUCAAACCCAGAGAGCAGAGCCGCGAGCCCACGCGGAGCCAUCACCUGAAAGACAGCGGCAAGGAGCGCCGGGACUUCGCCAAGGGCAACGGGGCUGCUGGGAAAGGAGAGCUGAAGAGGGACGGGAAGAGGAAGAGCGAGCUGAAGAAAGCUGGUCAUGACAAAACUACUGAUGCUGGAAAACAGGUGAAGGCGCAGACGGAGCUGAGGAAGACUCCGGUGUCUGAAGCCAAGAAGACUCCUGUCACUCAAACUCAAACCACAUGCUCCUCCCAGUUCAUCCCCAUCCACCAUCCUGGAGCCUUCCCUCCUCUGCCCAGCAGACCUGGUUUCCCUCCCUCAGCCUAUGUGAUCCCGCCCCCGGUGGCGUUCCCGGGGCUUCAGGUGAACCCGGGCUUCACCUUCUCCGCCGGAGUGUCCGUUCCCGGACCUUUCCUCCAGCCGGGCGUCCACGCCCAGGCCGGCACCCAGGCCGGGAAGCAGUCCCACAUUCCCUACAGUCAGCAGAGGCCCUCCGGUCCCGGUCCGGGUCAGGGGCCGGGGUCCUCGGUCCAGGGCCCGGGGCCCAUGAACCAGGGUCCCUCCCAGGGUCAGCAGGUCCAGGCCAUGCAGCAGUCGGUCCAGCUGCAGGUGCAGGCGAUGAGCCAGCAGCAGCAGCAGUCUCCCACCAAACCGGUCCAGCAGGUCGGGAUGGGGAAGAGUCCACCUCACCACCCGGGGCUGCAGCAGCAGUACAUGCAGAUCCAGGAUCAGCCGGCCCAGAUGUGGAACCAGGCUCAGGCCGCUCUGCAGAAGAUUCCUUCCAUGCAGAUGAGCAUGAAGCAGCCUCAGCAGCAGCAGCAGCAGCAGGCCUUCUACAUCGCAGCUCAGGAUCCUCUCAAACUGUACGAGCACCAGCUGCAGGGACCCGGCCAGACACAGCUGUCCAGCAUGGACAAGAAGAUGAAGUACCCCAACGUCAAGAUGCAGGACUUCUACUGGGAGCCGUCGUACAGGAUGGGGGAAGGUCUGGCUGUGAUGGCGGACAGGAUGAAGAGGCCUCCGCCGGGGGGGAUCUGCUCCGAGCAGGAUGGCUCCGCCGGGCCCCGGGGACCCCCGUUUGAGGACAACAAGAGCUCGCCUCUUCUACCUCCUGACCUGUUAAAAACUCUAGCAGAUUUUGAGGAGGAGGAGGAGCUGGUCUUUUCUAAGCCUCCUGAUUUCUUCCAGGCCUUGGCCGGCCCUCUUAGCUCUGCUCCUGGACCAAACAUAUUUCUGCCAAACCAGACCAGGAUGGAGAGCGGCCCCGAGGUCAUCGGCCAACCGUCUUCUCUGCUGUCGAUGUCUAGCUUCCCCAUGCAGGAGUACAACCAGAACAGCAUCUUCAGUCAGGCGUACGGUAAGAACCUGCCGCCCAGCUCCAAGCCCGACGUUCCCAUGAUGCACCAGGAGCCGUCCCUCUACUCGCUGUUCGAGGGGACGCCCUGGUCCCCGUCCCUCCCUGCCAGCUCAGAUCACUCCACCCCGGCCAGCCAAUCCCCUCACUCCUCCAACCCCAGCAGCCUGCCGUCCUCCCCCCCCACGCACAACCACGGAGCCAUGCCCUUCUCCAACUUCGGCCCCAUCGGCACACCCGACAGCCGGGACCGCAGGGUGGUGGACCGCUGGAAGGCCGACAAGACUGGAGCCGUCAGUGGGUUCGGACUGGACUACCUGCCGGCUGCAGCCUCCGGAGCCUCAGACACCAGCUGGCAUCAGGCCACGCCCCCCGGCAGCUCCUGGACCAAUCAGGAGUCUCCGAUGGAGGAGUCGUCUUCCACCGUGCUGCUCGACAGCCUCAAGUCCAUCUGGUCCAGCUCCAUGAUGCAGCCGGGCCCGUCGGCGCUGGAGCAGCUCCUCCUGCAGCAGAAACAGAAGCAGCAGCGAGGUCACGGCGCCAUGAACCCGCCUCACUGAACGGCAGGCCCGAGGCCGGCGGCGCUUUGUGUCCGACACGUCAACGAUAAACCACCACCAGGAGGAACGGGAGGGAAUCACAAAACAGUUUGACGAAGACGAGCUCCAACUAAAAAUGGAAAAUUAACCCGAGGAGAGCGGAGAGGUGGAGGCUGGGGAGGCGACGAGACGCCAUGACGACGAGGCGCCCGACGACGAGGCUCAAACACCACCCCCCCCACCCGGUGACCGCCGCCCCUCCUGGAACCGGAAGGGCGCGGGAUCUCUUCAACUGCGGUGCCAUGACGCGCCACGCUCACCGCCGGGUUUCCUUCAACCCGCGGAAAUCUGAACAUUGAGGAACAUAACCCCCCCCCCCCCCCACACACACACACACACACACACACACACGCACACACUGCUCCCCCCCACCCCCUUGGUUCUGGACGGACGCCACAUCUCACCCGGAACAACUUCCUCUUUCUUUGGAACAAAAUAAAAAAUAAGCCGACCUCCUGGACGUCUGCUCGGUCCGUUCGGAGCGCCGUUUUUAGCGUCUCCGCCGCCGCAGACUGAAGUUGGGGGAGGACGGCGAGGACGGUGUGGUGGUCAGGUUCAGGGGGGAGGUCAGGUGACGCACCGGGGGGGUCAAUAUAGACUUUCUGAUCUCCAUUCAUUUUGAGUACUGAGGAGGAAGAGGAGGAGGAAGGCUCUCCGGAGCUGAUUGGUUGAUGGAGGACGGAGCGGAGGACGGAGCGGAGGACGGUUCCAGCUAUAUAAAUAUAUAAAUAAAUAUAUUUGACCAUAGUUGGACUUUAAAGUCUCUUAGCCGUGUUGUGAGAAUCAGGACUGGACGCUGCUUUGUGUUAACGUCCACCUGGACCCAAAUCGCUCGCCGUCCCACCUGAGGCCCCGUUGGCGGCGCCGGGGGACGGCUCCGCGGUGCCAGCCACGGGGGGGGGGGGGGGGAGAAAGACGUAGAAGGGAAGGGACGGCGUGGACCUUUAGGGAUAGUAUUACCGUUAGCUUCAUGAGAUCGCAGAUAUUAACUAAAAAACAACCAACUGUAUUUUGUGAUUUGUUCGUAGCAGUUUUAGCUUGUCGCCCUCCGAGGUGACUACAGGUACGUCUAGUAGCUUCCUGCUUGGAUAUGUUCGGGGGUUCUCUCUUCCUCUCCGGCUUCUUCUUCUUCUUCCUGUUGUUUCUUUACUUAACCAAGAAAAAAACAAAAAAAGAUGUAACCCUGCUCGCUUACUGAACCGUUUUCUUUCUGUUCCUGUUUACCAGUUUCACUAGUUAGACUAGUUAGACUAGUUAGACUGGUUUGACUGGUUUGACUAGUUUGACUGGUUUGACUAGUUUGACUGGUUUGACUAGUUGACUAGUUUGACUGGUUUGACUGGUUUGACUAGUUAGUCUAGUUAGACUAGUUGGAUUAGUUGGUCUAGUUGGACUAGUUGGACUAGUUGGUCUAGUUUGAUUAGUUAGUCUAGUUAAAUUAGUUGGAUUAGUUGGACUAGUUGGAUUAGUUGGACUAGUUGGAUUAGUUGGAUUAGUUGGACUAGUUGGAUUAGUUGGACUAGUUUGAUUAGUUGGAUUAGUUGGACUAGUUGGAUUAGUUGGACUAGUUUGAUUAGUUGGAUUAGUUGGACUAGUUGGAUUAGUUGGACUAGUUGGAUUAGUUGGAUUAGUUGGACUAGUUGGACUAGUUGGUCUAGUUGGACUAGUCGGACUAGUUUGAUUAGUUAGUCUAGUUAAAUUAGUUUAACUAGUUGGACUAGUUUAAUUAGUUGGACUAGUCUGACUAGCAGCUGUGCCGCUCACUGUCCCGUCACUACUGCCUGCUGUAGAGGUUGGGUGAAUGUUUCCUUCUAUAACCACUACUCUACUCUACUCUACCCU